GCUCGGCCUGCCGGGGAGGCGCGGGGGCGCAUCGGUGCGGAGCUCUGGGAGGCCUCUGGACCGCGGCCGCGAGGCGGCGGACUCCUGCAGCCCGUGACGCCGGGGGACGCGCGGCCCCGUCGCGAUGAAGGCCUCGCUGGCCGUGCCGCCGGCCCUGCUGCUGGCCCUGCUGCUCGCCGUGGACCCAGCGCGAGCCCUGGUGUGCUUCUCCUGCACCAACCAGAAGAGCAACUUUUACUGCCUGAAGCCCACCGUCUGCUCAAGCUCGGACAACUACUGCGUGACCGUAUCGUCGUCGGGGGGCAUUGGCAACCUGGUGGACUUUGGCUACAGCCUGAACAAGGGCUGUUCCCCCAUAUGCCCCGGCCCCAGCGUGGACGUGGGCGUGGUGGCCGUGUCCACCCACUGCUGCCAGAGCUUCCUGUGCAACUUCAGUGCCGCAGAUGGCGGGCUGCGGGUCAACGCCGCCGUGCUGGGCCUGGGGCUUCUGCUCAGCCUCCUGCUGGCACUGCAGCAGCUGCACCCCUGACCUCGGCCGGGUCACUGCCCCCUGUCCCCCCUGCAGUGCCCACUGGAGCUGCCCUGCCUGCACCACCCAGAGACGACUGCAGCUCUCGCUCCCCGCCCCGCCCUCACCCCUACCCGGCUGACCCCCAGCCCUGGGACUCGGGGCCAGGGAAGCAGGUGGCUCUCCAGGGACCUGGAGUGGGGGACAGGAGAGCAGCAUGAGGGGCCCCCGGAUCCAAAGCCAGUGUCCCUGACACUCCUAGGCCUCGCCCCACUCUGCUUGGGUGGUCUGGGGCAGGGCCCACUGCUCCCCAGGGCAGGCCCGGGCUUCUACACCCCAAAUCCACACUGUCCCCUGCCCCCACCGGAGCCCUCCCGCUGCUUCGUG